UCAUUUCGUCUAGAGAAAUUUUACUGGGGAGUCUCUUCGCAAAACUAUACCUAUAUUUGUCUGAGCAUCUGGCUUGUCUGAAUUUAACAUCCAUCCACCUAAAUCCCCAAAAUAUUAUGCCAACGAACAAAAUGACAACUACAAAAAGUUUUUAAACUGUUUUCUUUUGGAGGCUAAAACUGAUAACAAAAUUGGGCGAUUUCAUUCCACAUUGCUUUUUUGUUUACUGUGCAUAUAUGAUCAAUCUCGUUCACAUGUUGAGACAUGAUGGCGUUGGAAGCAAGAAUUGGGAAUAAACCAUGGUUAACCACAAUUAAUUGCCGUUUGACACCAGACCUGUGCUGAGUGAAACUGUGCAGGUGGUUUUUUGAGAAAAUAUUUUAAUUGAAAACUCCACAAAAAAGCUGCAGGUUGUUGAAGAAACCACGAAUUAUUUGCAUAUUAUUGAAUUGAUUCAGGUGUGUAAAGGAGGAGAAAAGAUGCACAAGGAUCAGAUAUUGAAGUUGGCCAAGGGCUUCCGAGGGAGGGCGAAGAAUUGCAUACGCAUUGCUAGAGAGCGUGUGGAGAAAGCCCUUCAGUACUCCUAUAGAGAUCGCCGAAACAAGAAGCGUGACAUGCGUGGUCUCUGGAUUCAGAGGAUCAAUGCUGGUACGCGCUUAUAUGGGGUGAACUAUGGGGAGUUUAUGCAUGGAUUGAUGAAUGAAAAUAUACAGCUCAACAGAAAGGUCCUCUCAGAGCUUGCCAUGCAUGAACCUUACAGCUUCAAGUCGCUAGUGGAUAUUUCCAAGAAUGCUUUUCCAGGGAAUAAAGCUCAAAAUUCUACAGUUACAAAAGAAACCACAGCUAUGAGCAAUUGAUCGAUGCUUCUCUAAAGUUACUUUAAACUUUAAUCUCUGAGAAUGAAAUUGUAUUUUGUAAUGCCAAUGAUGUAGAAUCCAUGGGAUUAAGAAGUCUUUGCCAUCUUGUUGUGGCAUUGAGAAGAUAAUGCACACCUAGAGCAGCUAGGUCCCCAGUUGCUUGGUAUGUAUGUAUUUUGGAAAAACUGCCAAUUCCAUUCAAGUUGUAAAAGCCCAGACGAGACGUUGCCUGGGAUGAAUUGGCAGAGUAUAAAUUUCUAGAAGUUGUAUUUUGAUGCAAAUUUUGUUGGUAAUAAGUGUAAAAUCUAAUAUUCAGGGCUUACAAAUCAGAAUGUGUGGCAGAGAUCUAAACCUGUUUGGUA